AAAAAAUUACGAGAACCAUUAGGAAGAACAUGCCCAAAAAGUUUUGGGACUUGUUUGAAUCUCAGAAACAAGAACUGUUGAUUGCAAUCCGCUACAUCACACACCAAGCAAAAGCAAGCAAUUUCCGGCGGCCCAUGUAGGUACAUCUGCCGGUCGGAAAAAUCACCCUUUUUUUUAGGACUUCUUCUCCAAUCAAUCGCAUUAGCAGAGAGGCCACCUAAUUUAGGAAGCCAUGGCAACCCAACGGCCACUUUUUCGAACAACCCAUUUCAGAACGACCCCUCUAGCUUCUAUUCCAUACCCUUACGCUCAAACCCAUCAUUUCAUCAGAACCAUUCAAACCCUAGAACCCCCCUUCAACCAAACCCACCCGUCUAACGAGCUGCAAGAUUCACCAUCACCCCUUUUCACAUCACAGUCCUUUAAUGUGGAAAAGAUACUAUGGAGCCUGAAGCAACAAGGUAAGUCCAGUUUUCCACACAGUUAUAUAAACCAAAUGAACCCAUCAAUUGUAGUUGAUGUUCUUUAUCAAUGCCGUGACAAUUUGCAAAUGGGUCAGAGGUUUAUAGACUUAGUUGCUGCGAAAAACCCGGGUUUCAAGCACUCAUCGCUUUCGCUGAGUGCUUCGGUACAUAUACUGGCGAGGAGCCGGAGGGCGUCCGAUGCCCAGGCUUUGAUUCUCCGGAUGGUUAGAAAGAGUGGAGUUUCGCGGGUUGAGGUUGUUGACUCGUUGGUCUCUACUUACCAAGGUUGUGGGUCGAAUCCGUUUGUUUUCGAUUUGUUGAUUAGGACUUAUGUGCAAGCUAGGAAGUUGAGGGAAGCUGUGGAGGCGUUUCGCGUGUUGAAAAGUAGGGGGAUUUGUGUGCCUUUAAAUGCUUGUAAUAGUCUUCUUGGAGGGCUUGUCAAGGUUGAGUGGAUGGACUUGGCAUGGGAAGUAUACGGGGAUGUUGUUGGGUUUGGGUUGGAACUAAAUGUCUAUACACUAAACAUCAUGGUUAAUGCUUUGUGUAAAAAUCGGAAAAUUGAAGAUGCAAAAUUGUACAUCUCUGAAAUGGAAGAAAAAGGGAUAUUUCCAGAUAUUGUGACUUAUAAUACUUUGAUUAAUGCAUAUUGUUGCGAAGGGCUUCUAGAAGAAGCUUUUGAUUUAAAGAACUCGUUGUCGACUAAGGGUUUGCAAUCAUGUCUUUCGACUUAUAAUGCAAUAGUAAAUGGUUUGUGUAAGAAUGGAAAGUACGGUAAAGCAAAAGAAGUUUUGAAUGAAAUGCUGCAGAUUGGUAUAAGUCCUGAUUGUACCACUUAUAACCCACUACUUGUUGAGUGUUGUAGGAAAGAUAACUUGUCGGAUGCUCAAGGAAUUUUUGAUGAAAUCUUGCAUCGAGGCCUUGUUCCUGAUUUAGUCAGCUAUAGUUCAAUUAUCAGUUUGUUUUCAAGGAAUGGGCAUCUCGACAAGGCAUUAUCAUAUUUUAAGAGUUUAAAAAGGGUUGGCUUGGUACCAGACAAUGUGAUUUAUACGGUUCUUAUCGGUGGGUUUUGUAAAUAUGGAAUGAUGUCAGAAGCCUUGAAGAUGCGGGAUGAAAUGGUGGAUCAGGGAUGCUUAAUGGAUAUUGUUACUUACAACACUAUUCUGAAUGGGUUGUGCAAAGAGAGGAUGCUAUCUGACGCUGAUCGGCUUUUUAAUGAAAUGUUGGAAAGGGGUAUAUACCCUGAUUUUUGCACUUUCACUACACUUAUACACGGAUACUCCAAACACAGAAAUAUGAAUAAAGCCCUAAGCUUGUUUUCGUCAAUGCUACAAAGGAAUCUCAAACCAGAUGUUGUGACAUACAAUACUUUGAUUGAUGGAUUUUGCAAGGAAGGUGAUAUGGAAAAGGCUGAUGAGUUAUGGGGUGACAUGAUUUCUAGGAGGAUUUUUCCCAAUCACAUCACUUACAACAUUUUGAUCAAUGGGUUUUGUAGCCAGUGUCGUGUAUCGGAGGCCUUCAAAUUGUGGGAUGAGAUGGUUGGAAAAGGUAUCGAGCCCAACAUUGUAACUUGUAACAUUGUUAUAAAAGGCUAUUGCAGGUCUGGGGAUGUAGCAAAAGCAUAUGAGUUCCUAAAGAAGAUGACUUUCAAAGGAGUUGUUCCUGAUAUAAUCACUUACAACUCUGUCAUACAUGGAUUUAUAAAACAAGAUAAUAUGGACAAAGCACUUUACUUGGUACAUAAAAUGGAAAAUCAAGGACUAUUACCUGAUGUUAUUACGUACAACACUAUUCUGGAGGGUUUCUGUAGAGAAGGUAGAAUGCAAGAAGCCAAUUUGGUAUACAACAAGAUGAUUGAGCAGGGCAUGAAUCCUGAUAGAUCCACAUUCAUAUCGUUGAUAAAUGGGCACGUCUCACAAGACAAUAUGAAGGAGGCAUUUCGAUUCCAUGAUGAAAUGCUGCAGAGGGGCUUUGUGCCUGAUGAUAAAUUUUAGUUGCUUUACUGCUGUAGCACAAGCUAUGACAUACCGAAUCACAUUUGUCAAGGGUUUUCAACUGAAUAGUAGAUUGACCCAACACAUUUAGUUGCUCUAGUGUUGCUGCUAUUGUGGUCAUGACAUACCAACUUAUUUGAGCUGCUUGGCAUUUAAAGGGUUUUAGGAGCCAAGUUUGUGGAAUUUGGAUCCUAACAAAGCAUUCCAAAGCCAUCAUGGGCAGUAACCGGAUUGGUUACUGGAAGACUACAUAAUCUUGUGAGCACCACUGAGGUAUGCAUGGGAAUGGAAUAUUUCAGGGAGAGAAGAACCAUGAAGUAUGAUGAAGCUGUUUGGUCUUUCAGAAAUUUCGGCAAAGUGUAAGUUGCACUCGAGGAUUGAUCAUCCGUGACUAACAGCUUUUCCAUCAACUUUGUAAGGGCAAUUCCUGGACUUCUAGUGCUUUAGGAAUUAGGAUACAACAAAAAAGAUGUGUAUGAGAGCAAGAGCUUCACAACACAACUAUAUAUCAUCUGUGAGUGGAAGAUAGAUGAUUACGGUUCCCUUCCUUCUUGGUUCGUCACCUGUGGUUGGCGUCCACAAGUAAAACUGGCUUUGGGAACUAGAAUGCCGCAGCCCAUUGUCCUCUGAUGGCUUUUUAUGAUACUGGAGACCUAAGAAGCUUAUGAACUUGUAAAAAGGUGGCAUGCUAUGGCGUGUUGAUAUUGACAAUGUGCGACAAUCACCGGUCACUUCUUUACCUAUUUGACUACAGUCCCAAUAUAUAGUACGAUUUUCAAAAUUUUAAACUCUGUUAUGCUUUAGACUCUCAGAGAAGCUGUCUAUCGCUAAGACACAUUAAACAGAUUACAAGUUUAAUUUUAUAGUAGUGGUACAUUACAUUUUGCUGUGACUGUUCAAACUAAAUAAUCCUAUACAUGACAGAUAAUAAGUUAAUAACUGCAUAACCUAUACAUGGCAAAGUAUAAACUUAUAAAAAUAUCUAUUCUGUGCGUCCCAACAUAUCGUGUCUGAUACUUUUUGGAAAUUUUCAUGUCGACCGCUGUGUCUUUGUGCUUCUUAGCUUGAGACACUUCAUGAAGUCUCUGUAUAUAGUCGUGAACCUUUCUGCAGUUAUUCACUGCAGAAUACCACUCUUUUGCCAAUGAUAUUUACAUGCAAUCAUUGCACGAUGUAGAACUCUGCAAGGGUCUUCCCACCUUCUUGAUUUACUGUAUUUGAGCUAAUGUCCAAUUAUUUUAUGAUGGAUGUUAUCACUUGAUAGCAUUUUGAUCCCUUAGAAAAUCUUUUGAUUGUGCCCUGUGUGCCUAGUGAACCUUUGUUCUCAAUUAGUAUAUUCUCAACUUUGAGCUUCAAUACACGAAAUAAGUUUCUUCUUACGCUGAAUUGGCACGUGAUGAAUGGUUUCCUGCACAUGUUGAUCAUUGAAAAUCCAGUAAUGUAACUAUGUUUUUCAUCAGAUUUUAUUUAUCCCCUGUUCGGUAAACAGAUGACCAUUCUUGUCGAUCAUUCAUGUAACUGAUGCUGCUCCAAUGUUUGCUGAAUUCAUAUUGUAGGGAUUUCUAGUUGGCAGAAGAUAUGUACUUUGAUGACGAUUAACUUGGAAAGACUCCCAACUCAAGUUGUUUGAAGAGAUAAGCUUCCUGCUAAUAUUCGACCCAAAUAUUGGUUCUUUCUUCCUGUAGACCUGUUGCAGAUUCCAGUAUAACUUAACAGGUGAGAGAUGAAACUGCUGGAGAUUAAUUCCCCAUAUUAUACAUUCUUCAAGUUCAUCUUUCAUCGAGUAAGGAAACCUGACCCGAACCAGUUGAGUAAUGACACAUAAUCCUAGGAUUUGGCACUUCGAAUUAUCUAAUUUUAGAACUUUCAUGAUAUUUAUAUUUCUCUGUCAUAGGGUUUAUGAUUCCAGUGGAGAUUCAAGAGCUGUGAAACAACACAUGUAUCUUUCCGUCUUUUCUCCUUUUCUUGUGGACUUCUUGCCACCUGUUCUACUCUUUUGCUUAUCCUUUUUGUUGGUUCUCCUCCUUGUCGUUCUGUAAUUUUUUUUGGUGCUGAUAAAAUAAAAUAAUGGGAAGAGACAGCAAGUAGAAAGAUCAGAUCUUCCACCUGAAAAGAUGCCCGCUUGUGGCCAAAAUCAUAUUGGAAAUAGGAGAGCAAGAACAUAGUAGUAUCACGUCUUCGGACUAGUGUUAAUGUUGGUAAAGACGAAUGGACUUGUUACAAACCAUUCAACCAUAUAUCAUCUGUGAACAUAGGUAACGAGUAACGGUUCCCAUUCGUGACUCAAUGCCUAAAAUUUACAUGGGAAAAAUGGAAUUCUGCUGAAGUUUGGGAGUGCAGUGGCCCCUGCCCGCACCCUCUUGCUCCCACCAGUGUCUCCAUUCAUAUUAGUCAUGUAUCUUACAACUUUUUGAAGAUAAUCAAACUAUGAUAGGCUUCAAACACACGGAGAACACUUGUCUAUCACGAAGACACACAUAAACGAGGUUACAAUUUAGUAAAGAACCCAUGCUUAAAUUUUUUCAUGUCUCCUACUUUAGACCCUAGAUAUUGGUGAUUUGGUGUUACCUGACAUUUUGCUAUGCUCUUUCAUUUGAAUAAUUUAAACUUGACAUAUAAGAAUGGCUCAGACUAACAUAGUGUAAACAAAACUCUAUGUAUUGUGUCUGUGUCCCGCUGUGUUGUGCCCUAUAUAGUUUGAAAAUAACUUUCAUGUCUACUAGCCCGUGUUUAUGCUUCUUAGCUUCAGACAUUUAAUGAAGUCUUUGUGCACAUGCUAAUAGAACCUUCUGCGGUUAUUUGGAAUAGAAUGCCACUAUUGUGCUAACAAAAUGUACGGCAAUGAGUGCACAGCCUACAACUCUCCAGGAGAUGUGGUGGAACCUCUGCCGUUGUCAAUCAUGAGCUUUUAAAUGAGAGUGUGUACAUUUUUCAAAUUUGCUACUGGAAGUUGUAUCUUGCAGGUCCUGGAAUGAUGGUUGGACCCCGUACGUCCUUGGCCUCAGGGAGUGGUGAGCAGCACGGAACAAAGAACACAGGCUACGGAAAUGCGAACUGCGAAAGAGAAGAGAUGAACUGAAAGUGUUCUAAGGCUAGUUAAGGAGGCUCUUAAGUUGAGGAGAGGAAGGAAAUCUCGUAUUUAGUCAACGUCACUCCGUCGUCGUCAUUCCUGUCCGCUUCCCUGAGUUUGGUCUUCAAACUAUUCCUGUUAAGGUGUAGCGGCUUUUUCUCCUCGACAAUUUAUGUUAUCGGCUUUGCACUUAGACAUUUGGUUUCUUUAAUGGCACUGUGAUCCUGGGAAAUCAUUGGACUCUAAUUUAUUCAUUAGAUUUUGAUGUAUUUUCUCAUUAUUCUGUAAACUACUCGUAUUUGGCUCUUUUCCGUGAUGUUAUUAUGGUCUCUAAGUUAGAGUUUACUUUUAAA